CAGCGGGCGGGGAGCACUGAGCAGUCAUGUGACAGCAGCAGCAUGUAAAGCCCAGUGACUUGUGGUGGUGCCUGUGUAUAAGGAGUUGUUGCUGUGCUGCUGAUGAGUGCAUUGAUUUGGUAGAGAAUGAAGAGUGCAAGGAUGAUGUCAUUUGCUGGAAAGAAGUUGAGGGGCCUUGUAGCCGCAACCUUUACCCCAAUGACUGUAAACAGUGAUGUCAAUCUCUCCAUCAUCCAGCAAUAUGUAGAUUACCUGGUCCACACACAGAAAAUAAAGAAUAUAUUUGUAAAUGGAACAACAGGAGAAGGAAUGUCGCUGAGUGUACAGGAGAGGAAGAAGCUUGCUGAAGAAUGGGUGAAGCAUACAAGAGGCAAAAUGGACAGUGUGGUUGUACAUGUGGGAUGUCUGAGCCUGGAAGACUCUAAAGACUUAGCUGCUCAUGCUGCUACCUGUGGAGCAGGUGCUAUCAGUGCUGUGGCCCCUUCUUUCAUCAAACCUUCUAGUCCAGAUGCAUUGGUAGCUUACCUGAAAGAAGUGGCCUCUGCUGCUCCCAGUCUCCCAUUUUAUUAUUACCACAUCCCAAGCCUGACUGGAAUAAGAUAUAAGGUGUAUGAUCUGGUGGGCAGGAUGCAGCUUCACAUCCCGUCUUUCCGAGGAGUUAAGUUUAGCGAUAUGAACCUUAUGGACUUCAGCAUGUGCGUCCAUCAAUAUAACCAGUUUGAUUUUCUGUAUGGGGUGGACGAGCAAUUAUUGGGUGCUUUGGCAUUUGGUGCACAUGGAGCAGUGGGCAGUACAUAUAACUACAUGGGUUCGACCACCAACAAAAUGUUGAAGGCAUUUGAAGAAGGUAACUUAAAAGAAGCCCGGGACCUUCAGUAUAAAAUGCAGGAAUUCCUGACUUUCGUAUUUGCUUUGGAUUGGGGAUUACCAGAAUUCAAAAACAUAAUGUCACAUGUAUCUGGAAUAGAUUUAGGACCACCACGCCUACCAUUGUUCUCUAGCUUCAAACCUGAGCACCCGGAGAAGGUCAAAGCUGAAAUGAAGAGACUGGGUAUCCUCUGAGGAAGCUUCUUGCAAGGGCACCAAGCAGCUUGGAUUGUGAUCAGCAAGCCACUGGCAGGCACAGUUACACUGCAUUACCUUUCCUCACAGUCACAUACAAUCCCAGAGUCCUUUGCGGCAUCUGCUCAUCCAAAAGCCAUAAUCAAGAAAGUGACUAUAUGGGUCAAUACCAAUAACAGCUGCAGUUAGUUUACGCUACUAACCCCAUCAUACUAUUUUGACUAACCCCAUCAUACUAUGUGAAUAACAUGAUAGAAAAAUCCAAACAUUUUAUGGACCAAACUUUGCAUCUAAAUUCAGUAGAAUUGAUUUUGUAUUGUUUAGUUUUAUGAAACUUUUGAAUAAUAUAACUUGAUCUUGCAGUAGUAACAGUAUUCAGUGGGAAACAUCGUAUAUAUUCUGUCAUAAUUAAGGAUAAUUGGGGAAACCGUAUAAGGAGAUAUUGAGGACUAAAAUUCCUGGUUUUGACUGUGCACAUAAAGCUGUUAAUGUUGGUUUACUAAAAAAUGUAUUAUCUCCUGAUAGGUCAAGCGGUAUAGCACUUAGUAUGUGUGCCUCAGGUCUGUAUGUCAGGGAGAAAAUAAUGAUACAUCUAUGCUGUGAAUAAGCCUCCAGGAAAACUCUUUACAGUCGGGAUCUUAUCAAAUUCCAAUUUUUAAUAAGUUUCUAAUCUUGUAUUUCAAACAUAAUGAAUCUGUGACUGUCACAACAAAAAAUCUUAAUUAAAACAAAAUUGUCUUAAA